AUGCCACUCAAAGUUGUUGUCGUCGGCGCCGGCCUGGCAGGUCUGGGUGCAGCCAUUGCACUGAAUCGCUCGGGACAUGAAGUCCAAGUGAUUGAACAAUCGAGCUUUCUGAAUGAAGUUGGCGCCGCCAUUCACGUCGCACCUAACGCUACCCGCAUCUUGCGUGAGUGGGGCUGCGACUUCGAGAAGCUUCAACCGGUCCACUGUACGAAGGUCCAGCUCUGGACUUCUGCCGGAGACCUUAUUUCGACUCCUGUGGUGACCAAGGAUGUGCAAGAGCGCCUCGGUAUAACCGAUGACUUCCUCCUCACCCACAGGGUCGAUUUACAUAAUACUCUACGGGAUACAGCGGCGAAGGGAGUUGGUGGGAGGCGCGUCGAUAUCCGACUGUCGUCUCGUGUUGUAUCGGUGGAUGCGGAAGCGGGGCAAGUCACUCUUGAGGACGGAACUGUUUAUACAGGCGAUCUGAUUAUAGGUGCCGAUGGAAUUCACUCUCGAUCGGUACGAUGCAUCACUGGCGGCGAAGAGCGAAAGGACGAUACCGGUCAAAACUGUUUCCGGUUUUUGGUGCCCGUAUCCAAGAUGCAGGCUAAUCCUCUGACUGCCUCUCUUUUGAAAAAAACCGGACUAGAUGGCGUGCAUGGUUUUAUAGUUGAAGAUCGACGACUGGUCUUUUACCCAUGUCGUCGUGGAGACCUGAUCAACGCCGCGGGUAUCCAUCCCUCGGGUUUAGAGACGGCGGCGAAAGACUCAUCGUGGUUAGAUUCGGCUAGUCGCGAUGCGCUUCUCGAUACAUUCGAGUCGUUUAGCCCCGAACUCAGAGAGAUGUGUCGCAUUGCAGAAGACGUGAAGGUGUGGAGUCUGAAAUCUCGAAAGCCCCCACGGACGUUUGUCAAGGGAAAGCUUGCCCUUGCUGGUGAUGCGGCGCAUCCCACCCUGCCUCACCAAGGCCAGGGUGGUGCACAAUCAUUCGAAGACGCCGCCGCACUUGGAGCAUUAUUCACGUCUGAAAUGACGCCCGAGCAGGUUCCUGAACGCUUACAGUUGUAUAACCAAGUCCGCUAUGGUCACUCAGUGACUGUAAUGAUGAUGUCGAAGGUCCCAGACAACCGACGUGCAGAGAUGUUGGAUGAAUUACGCUUAUAUGUCCCCGCAGCUGAGGUUCCGGAAGACAUGUUUUCGUUCACGUGGAAUUCAUACCCGGUUCAAGAGGCGCAGCGGGCUUUAACGUCCGAUUUCAGGGUCUAG